UGUGGUAGGGUUAUAAGUUUGUAGAGGUUAAGUAACAGAUCACAGAGUACCUAACCCCUGUAAUCUGUUAGUAAUCAUUUGCGCUGAACCAUGUCGGACUUAUUUCUGCGAGUGAAGCCAACCCUUUACGCUCAAUUGCUUCUGCGGCCGCGUUUUAGCGCAACCCGUCAAGCGUCCAGCGAUGUUUACGAGGGUAGAGUGAAAGCAAUAGGGCCUGAUGGCUGGGUGCCACAUGCCAACCUAGUGAUCAGGUCCGGCAGCAAAACGACCGUGCUCACACCGCGUAAGCCCACAAAGAUGGACAUCCAGCCUGGCGCGUUGCUGGACAGCGAGGGAAACUUGGUGUACACGAAAAUGGAUAACCACGACACCAGAAUCACAAAAAUCAUGUCGCUGGUGAAAACCCCCAGCAAAACCGGGCAGCUGAUGCUUCUGGAAGGGUUGCGGUUGAUUCGAGAGGCUUUGGAAGCGCGUUGCCAAAUGGAAUAUCUUCUGUUCAGCAGGCUGAAGGAGGUGAGCACUUUAAAGCCGUUUCUGCCUAGCAAGGGGCGCCUCUACAAGAUGCCCUAUCGGGAAAUGCAAGUCUGGUCCGACUUGACCACCACUCCAGGUGUAAUGGGGAUUUUCCAAAUUCCCCUGCCAGGUUGGGUUGAAGCCCGCCACCCUCUACCGAUAACCGUCAUAUGCGACAACGUCAGGGAGCCAGGAAAUGUUGGGGCCAUUCUGCGCACUUGCAGCGGCGUGGGGUGCUAUCAAGUGAUCCUCACCAAAGGCUGCGCCCAUCUAUGGGAGUCCAAAGUGUUGCGCAGCGCCUGCGGAGCGCACUUUCGCGUAAAAACCACCCCCAAUCUACAGUGGGAGAAGAUAGCCGAGCAGCUGCCCCCGGGGGCCCACGUUUUCAUAGCCGACAAUAACUCUGUAUCAGCUACCAGUGGCGGUGUGAAGUCGGUGCGCGAGUUGGCCGCCAACAUCCCCGUUUUGUCCUACUCGGCGGUAAAUUUUAAGGGCGCGGGCCAUGUAGUGCUGGUGAUUGGGGGCGAAACCGAGGGAGUGAGUGCGGAGGCCUACAACUUAGCCAGCCGGUUCAAUGGGGCGCGGAUCAACGUGCCGUUGAGCAAUGGCGUGGACAGCCUGAACUCGGGUACCGCUUUGGGGGUCGUGGCCUUUGAAGUGAAGCGCCAAUUGACCAAGCAAAGAUUGUGUUUAAUGUAAAAAAUGAAACAAUUUUAAAAAAAUUACAAAAAUAUUUGAA